UCACGAGCUAGAGCCAUGGUCGCCUCCCCUGCGGAAGGCGGGCGCUGGGGGUCUCCGGAGCAGAGAGGACAGCGGCGGCGGCCGGAGCUCCCGCCGGAUCUGCAGCAUCACCGUCGCCCUGCGCCGGGGUCCGGGGAUGGCGCGGCUCCCUCCCAGACUUCUGCCCGCCGCGUCCGCUCCGGAGCGAUGCUCGGUGGCCCUUCGCCGCCUCUCCCCGCCUCCCGCGCGGCUGCGCCCCAGACACCCCCACCCGCCCCGACGCGCUCUCCGCGCCGCGCCAGGUCCUCGGAAAUUUCCACGGCGCCCGGGACCGCUAACCCGCUCCCGGCUCCCCCGCCUCGCCCGCCGGGACCCCCGCUCCCCUCCCCUCCCGGAGAAGAAAAGAACUCGCUCUCAUCGGUGAAUUCCGCGGCGCGCCGCAGCCUUCCGCUGCGCCCCGACUCCGCAGACAGACGCCCGGGGAUUGGUGGAAAUCAAGGUCUCCCCCGCCCUCCCCCAGCGCGGAAUUGCCUCCUUCGCCCCGCGCGGAUCCGCGGCGCUCGCCCCUCUGCUGCCCUUGAUCUCUGGGGACGGAGGCAGACGAUGGAAAUAAAUAAAGAAAUACAACAACAGCCCCCGAGUGCUGCAGAGAGACUGGGGGAUGGAGACCCGGACCCUUCGACCCCCGGCCGGCGCGCCCGGGCUGCUGUCACUCUCGUCUUUCUCCAACUGUUCUGCGAUUAUUAACCCGCGGCGCGGCGCGAGAAAGUGGGCAGAGAUUUAUUCCUUCCUGGGCCCCCAGCCCCGCUAGCCGGUCCCGGAACCCGGGCUCUGGGUGACACCCGUCCGCGCGCGUGCGCCCGCGGAGACACGCGCGGACACACACACACACACGCACACACGCACACACGCACACCACACACCCCGGGCUCCGGCGCGGGCGGGCGAGCGCGCGCACGGGGCGGGGCGUGCACACCCGGGGUCCCCGCCUCCGCCCAGCCGGGAAACCUCCGCCCUGCCUGGAAAGGCGCUGCAGGCAGCGUCCAGAUACGCAGCAGCCGUGCCCGAAGCGCAGACCUCGCGCGCGAUAAAGGAUAAAGCCUCCACCCUAACGGGGCUGUCUCCUCUCCCAAGUCCUUCUCGCUGCACCCACGAGCCGAUCGCAACCCCGACCUUGGAAAAGCGCCACCCGCCUGGACCCGCCUAGCGGAGGGAGCCGCCUCCGUUAGCCAUUUCUGCUCGCCCAGCGUAAACACACAGCUCGGCUACCUCCUAGCGGUCGUGCGUUCUAUUUGCUGAAGCCCUUCUCAGGCGUGAAGUGUGCAAGGACAAAGAAGAAACCCUGCAGCCUCCGAACCCGGUCAGCUUAGUCAUCACGAAAGCAAAACCUAAGGCCACAAUUUGGGCUGCUCGGCUGAUUAAGCCGCGGCGUCCUGGACGGUGUACACUGACUGCUGCGUGGCCUGGUGUCUUCGGAGCAUCUUUCUUCCACUGAGAAGUGGAGCUUGAGAAGUUGGUGCAAAGUUAUUUACCAAACAAGCAGUACGGUCCAAGGGAUACUUGUGGAAUAAAGAAGCCAACGAACAAACAAAAAGACAUUUCAUGAUGAAAACGCCACAUAGCUUUCCCCACUGAAGAUCAUACUGCACAGUGAUGUUUUCCUACUUCCUUUGGUGACUGUUUUCUCACCUUGCAAUCCAGUUUUAGUCCUUAAUUUCCCUUAGUAUGAAUACAAAAUUUAAUGAGGCCGUUCCUUUCCUUCUUCCAAGUUCCAGCGCUGGAAAAAUGACAAGGAGUAGGGGAGCUAGCACUGCGACACUAAACUUCACACUUUAAGCCUCACAGCAGCCCUGCGAGCUACUACAUAUUGUUAUCCUGUUUUUCAGAGGACCAACUGGAGGCACAUGAGACUAUCCGUCUUACAUCAACUUAUUCUUUUUCAGGGUCUGCCUAGAGAUAUCUUGGGAGAAUCUUAAAAAAAAAAAAACAAAAAAUGAGUUAAGCAACCCCAAGCAACAAAACAAAAAGGGCUUGGGGUAUUAUUCUUUCCCCACUACGUAAUAAAAGUCUGCUAACUUUCUUACACUGAGAAUAAUAUUUUGUAGACUAAAUUUACAUUUAUUUUGACUUUACGAAAUUCUAGGUGCCCAAGUUGUAAGUAGAAAGACUGAAACAUUGGUGAACCUUAUUCUUCUAGUCAGUUCUAAGUUCUGCCAAUUCUUUCUUUGUUGUGUUUCUAGAAUACUAUCCCACUUCCAUCGUUGUAACUUGGAUGCCAAUUUUCCUUUUAUCUCCUAAAAUUCUCCCCCUAACGUUUUUUGGAUCAUUCACCUUAGGUACUUCAUCUCAAGUAUUUGGCUUUCUAAGACACUUUUUUCCCUUGCUGGGGAUCAA